AUGGCGACAUCUCAGGGACUCGAGUGUCCAGUCUGUUGUGAAAGUUUUGAUGGCCAAGACGUCAGCCCUCGUAUGCUGAGUUGUGGUCACAGCUUUUGUACCGGCUGCCUGGAGCGGUUACUCGCUACAGAUGACAAAAUUAUCUGCCCAACCUGCAGAAAUGAAGUUAACGUACCUCAGGCUGGAGUGGUAGGAUUGCCAAAGAAUUGGGCAUUGUUAAGCCUCAUUGUACCUGAUCAUGAAGGUGUUGAUGGUUUGCCCAUUUGCGAAUUUUGCGAAAACAAGCAUCCUGCGAACUCUUAUUGCUUGGACUGUGAAGAGGACAUGUGCAAGAUUGCAGCUGGAUUUCACACUCGUAACAAGACCAGUCGUGGCCAUCGUAUUGUCUCCUUGGAACCGUCCGCUGUAUCUGUAAAGUGCUCGAAACAUGACGAGCAAUUCCGUUUAUUUGAUGUCAAGCGUAAUUGCAUGAUCUGUAGGAGCUGCUUUACCAGUUUCCAGGGUCGCGAUAUUGUGUCUCUACACGAGGCCGGUUCGAAAUGUAAAGAGAAAUUGGAACAACUUGCCACUAAAGCUAGAUCUAGGGCUGAGGUUAUCAAAGGCGUGGAGGAAGGUGUAAGGGAUGUGAGUCUUGAUGUGAAAGCGUCUUGCGACGAACAGCGUGCUCGAAUUGAAAGUGUAUUCGAAGAGGUACGUCUUGUUCAUAUUUAUUUAAACCGUCAAGUUUUUUUUCACUGAGCCGAACUUAACUUCGGUUUAUGAGCUUUAAAGGAGGUCUUACUCUUUUCUCGGUCUUUAAUUAAAGAGUCAUUCCCCAACAUCAUAGUUAUUAGAGGAGACUGGUUAUGAAAAGAGGCAAACAUCAAUGAUAAAAACAACAGUGCUGCAGUUUAUGUUAGAAGCACCCUGAAAGUGCACAAUCCUUUGUUUUCUGUUGGCAAAUUGUUACGGAAUAAAUUAAUGUAACGUUUUUAUUGGUCAAUACAAUCAAAAUGAUAAGAAUUCUUUUGAACGUUGUACACUUUCAGGUCCACAAAAACAUAUAACAAAGGGGUCUGACGGGUUUCAUAACCAUUCCACUCAAUUAACUAUGCCAACAUCUAUGAUUUCCCACACAACCAGUUAGGAUUUUCUCCCUAGACAGAUUUCUAGAAUUUUAUUAUCGGUUUUAUACUAAUUGUCUUACAGCUUCGCACUGCCAUCGAAACAAGAAAGAAAAUUUUGCUGAAUGAGUUGCAACAAGUACACAAUAGGAAGACGCUUAUCCUGACAGAGCAGCGGAACCGCCUACGCGAAUAUCAAGAAAAUAUAGAGAGUUCCGUCAAAGAUGUUUUGUCGACCAUCCAAUCAUUGGACAAUGCCAAUCUCCUUGACGCCAGCUCCAAUUUAGAGUCCAGGCUCGUUGAUGUGGAGAAACAAUCCUUCAUGCUUGAGCCUGAGGCACAAUGUGUUCCGGAGUUUAACCUUAAUCGUCGUAGAUUGCAAUACUUGCAGGACGAUGUCAACAGUUUGGGUAGAGUCAGCGAUAAGUCGACCUGUGCAGAAACCACCACUGCUUGUGGCUCAGGACUGGAGCGCGCAAAACGAGGAGAGGAGGAAUCUUUCACCAUCAAUGCUUUUGACGCUCAAGGUGUCCAACGUAACGCGGGUGGAGAUGCUUUUGCAGUAGAGCUUAAAAGCGGAUCAGGAGAGAAAAUCAGAGUGAAUGUUAGGGACCAAAAAAAUGGUAGUUACGUAGUUACUUACACUAUCCCCUCAGGUGCUAAACGAGUUGAUUACACAUUGAGUGUGCGUUUGCGAGGUGCUCACAUUAAAGGCAGCCCUUUCACUGUGCACAUAGCAUCAUCACUACGCUGCAAAACUUACAAAGCGCUGUCAAAUGCAGCUAGUAAACUCACUCCGCGUUGA